AUGGAUACGGAUAUUAAUCGAUUUUACGGUCAACUUUUGAAAAUAAUUACGAGUGAGAAGCACGAUCGUAAAGACCUUUUGAGGCGAAUUACUGUGAUUUUAGGCGUUUCAGUGGGUUCUUUGGUCAGAUAUGCGCACAGAAGUAGAAAAAUUGGUACUACGAGUGUGGAUAAAGUCAUUUUGAAGAAAACGUUGGAUAACGGUAUUGCCAUUGCAGCAAUGCUUUUCGGGUUCCCGUAUGUUUCGAGCAUUUUGAGUAGCAAGUGGCUUUCUUUCAACGCGACUUUGGCCGCGUCAUUGAGAGUUAAAGCGCCAAAAUGGAUAUCUAGCUACAUUCUGCUCGAAAGUGUCGUAGACUACGCUAAGAACAGACUAGUGGUACGGGAUUUUCUGGCAAAAUGCAAGCCACAGCAUUUAAACGCGGUACGACAAGCCCUGUUUGUCUUUGUUAUCGGUGGUGUUUACAAAACGCACGAUUCACGGCUUCGAAGAAUUGUUUUCACUCGCAAAUCACCACUACAGGACUUUGCGUUGCUGUUUUGUGCGUGGAAUGGAAUCUCACUGUACCAAUUUUCCAAAUCGCUUUUUUUCAAAAGACGUGAACAGCAGAAGCAGCAACUGCCUCGUCAGAGUGAGGAUCCCUCGGACGUGGGCUACGUGUCCAGCUCGGACAUGCUUAAGGAAAAAUUUAGGGAAAUCAACGAGCUCGAACGAAGCAGCAGUUGGGAAAAAAUGAUUGGUUGUUGUCUCGGUAGCAAUCUCACGGUAACGCUCAAAUGGACUAUCUGGCGUCAAUUACUGUGGGCUGCUUUUAAGUCACCUGCUGCCGGUUCCUCGAACAGUACGCUUCUGCGCACUUGCACUAUACUUUUGUUUGCACUUUACACGCUAGACAGCGACGCUGGAAGAAUGAAUAUAAGGCCUGGAGUCUUAAAAUACAUGACGCGAUGUGUGAUCAAUGACAAAAUCAACAGCGUUGCGCUACAAACGGCGUUUCUCGCAGCGGGCUCCAACCUUGCGUUUUGGAACUACUCACAACGUUGUCAAGAGAGACCUUGA